AUGAAAAAAAUAGCUCAGAAAAGGUCCAACUAUGUGCCAGUUGGGAGAAGAGGAAUAUUUGGCGGAGUUAUUCUUAAUAUGCAUAUGCAUUGGAAGAAACACGAAACUGUUAAGGUCAUUUGCAAGCCUUGUAAGCCUGGCCAAGUAGACGAAUAUGCAGACGAAAUUGCUAGACUGAGUGGUGGGAUCCCAGUUCAGAUAAUUGGUGAUGACACUAUAAUAUUCUAUCUAGGGAAAAACUAUGUGCAGCCAGAACUUAUGUCUCCGGUAGAUACAUUGUCCAAGAAAAGGGCACUUGAAAAAUCAAAAUACGAGCAAUCACUCGAGUCAGUGAGACACUUCAUCGCUAUUGCAGAGAAGGAACUGGAGUUGUACUACAGACACGUCGCACUCUAUGGUGAUCCAAAUAACCGGAAUCCAAUCUCAAUCUUGGACAGUCCAACAAAAAACACCCUGGAAAUCAAGGAACCACAAAUGCUUGAGAGAGAUGGUCAUGAUUCAUCUCUUACUGGCUUCUCUUCAAGUAUAUCAGAUUCAGAAGAUGAUGAUCCCAUUUAUGAAGAACUAUCAGAAACUGAAGAUGACUCAAAAGGUGAUAACCUAUCAAUGAGAGGAUCAGAUUCUGAAUACGAAGUUUCGUAUCUUGAUAAAGAAAGUGAAGGAAGCUCAUCCGGGUCGCAUGUGCAUGAGAGUUACGAGGUUGAUUUAUCUUUAAGUGACUCUUGUUGUGAUGAAGAUGGUGAAGGAAGUUCAGAUACCAAAUUGGGUUCAUUGAAUGUUAGCCAACGAUAUGAUUAUAAAGUAUUUGAUUCCUUGGAGAACAAUUAA